CGUAAAUGUUCUGUUUGAUGGGUUAGAACUUACUCGAUCAUAGCUGCCUAUCAACCAAAGAGUUCUCCUCUCAUGACUAGCGUUGAAGUUUGACAUGUCAGAAAUUCAAUCCCAUAACAGUUACAAAUGGAGGACUUUCUUUUCGAUCCGAUCCUCACAGUGUAAGAAAUGAGCCAGUAAUAUCAAUAUGCCGAAAUGCACAACCACGGCUUACUGCAGGCUGUAAUUGCUGUAUGGCCUGACCUUUCUUAGGCCUAACAACCUGGCCAUCACAGCCUGGUGAUUAAACCCCGACUUUCCCCCUUGUUCCAACAUUUCUGGUUCCCUUUACUAGAACCGUCUCCAAGCCAACACAGAGUUGCAUAUAAGAACGGACCUCUAUCUCUAUUUCGCAACUAUAUUAACCUCCCCGCUACAAACACUCAGACUGCACUCAAUCCGAGAUUACGAAUAUCCACAGCGGCAUCACGUUACGAACAAUAAAUAGAGGAUAUUUAUAUUGAACACAAUGGCCGAUUCUUGGGAAGGAUAUCGGAGCUGGAUCCGACAGAACCCAAAGAAAACUGCUGCCUACGCAACCGCUGGUAUUGCGAUCGCAGCACCGAUGGCUAUCGCCGGCCCGGUUUUAGGUGCUUUCGGAUUUGGAGCAAGCGGUAUUGCAGCAGGCUCGAUAGCGGCUGGUGCCCAGACUGCGAACGUAGCUGCAGGAAGUCUGUUCGCUAUACUGCAGAGUGCUGCGAUGGGUGGCUAUGGAGUUGCCACUGUCGGCGGUGUUGUCCAAGCCGGAGGCAUCCUCGGUGGCAUUUAUACCACCUUGAAAAAGGCUUCCGAUCGCCGAAGCCUUAAUCCUGUUGAGAAUGCAUGGGGUCCAUUUAGUGGACAUGACGAUGCUGAUAAUAACAACUUAAAUUCUAAACCUAUGUCAAGGCACGACGACAUUGUGAAAGCUACCAACCGGCUCUGGGAUAGCUUUCCAAUUGAAGAUUUGAUAACCAUGAUGAGUAAGACACCCGAGAUAGUUAAACGUCUCAAGGAAAUGAAGGAUUCACUGUUGAGAUACUAAGUUCAAAAUAUAUAAAUCCACCACACAAACAGCUACCAGGUUUCUAGGUAAUUUGACGAUUUUUACUUGGGGUCGAGAAUGAAAGUACUCUGGUAUGGAUGUCAUAAGAUCUUAGUACAUUGUAUAAUAGUACGGCGUGUUUCAUUGCGCUCUAUUUACUGGGAUAUUAAUACAAUCCUUUGAGAACGGCGGGUUUGAUUCAGUUCGUUAUGAAAUUUCAUACAGCCUUGAGCUUCACGAAACAUUGUUGAGGGGAUCGAAGUAACUUGGUGACCUGGAAACUGUUGAACUCUAGAGGGACGGGUAAAAACUUGAAGCUCAUCACAAUCAAUACAAUCAUGAUAUGUAUAUCUAUCAUUACUAAUCGAUUCCUUGUAUGUAUUCAGUCAAGCCAGCCCUCACGAAAUAUACCUGACCAUCUCAGUACGAG